UCGUCGCCGGGGUACCUCCCCGGCGCGCGCGCGGAGGAGGAGCGGAAUCACCAUGGCCGCGUCGCCCGGGCGCUGCUUCUUGGGGUGGGACUUCAGCACCCAGCAGCUGAAAGUAAUUGCGGUAGAUGAACAGUUGAGAGUCAUCCAUGAGGACAAUAUCAAUUUUGACAAAGAUCUCUCGGAAUUUGGGACUCAAGGUGGUGUUUAUGUACAUGAUGACAGAUUAUCUGUCUCUUCUCCCGUGUUAAUGUGGGUCAAGGCCCUGGAUCUGAUUUUGGAAAAGAUGAAGUCUGCAGGCUUUAAUUUCUCCACUGUAAAAGCUUUGUCUGGAGCUGGGCAGCAACAUGGAAGUGUCUAUUGGAAAGAAGGAGCGAGCUCUGUUUUGCAGAAUUUAUCACCUGCUCUUCCUUUACAUCAAUCACUGAAGCAGAAUUGCCUCUCUGUCAGCAACAGUCCAAUCUGGAUGGAUUCCAGCACAAGGGCCCAGUGUACUUCUCUGGAAAAAAAGGUUGGAGGGGCUCAGAAACUAGCUGACAUCACCGGCUCCCGAGCUUAUGAGCGUUUUACAGGAAACCAGAUAGCGAAGAUUUACAGCCAGAAUCCUGAAGUCUAUUCACAAACUGAGAGAAUUUCCUUGGUCAGCAGCUUUGCAGCCUCCCUUUUCCUGGGUGGUUAUGCUCCCAUAGAUUAUAGUGAUGGUUCUGGCAUGAACUUAUUGCAGAUCCAGGACAAAGUUUGGAAUGCAGUCUGCCUUGAUGCUUGUGCACCCCAGUUAGAAAAAAAACUGGGCCCACCUGUGCCCUCCAGCAAAAUACUGGGUUUAAUUUCACCAUAUUACACUGAACGCUUUGGAUUUAAUCCUGCCUGCAAAAUAGUUGCAUUUACUGGAGACAAUCCAGCGUCUCUGGCCGGAAUGAGACUUGCAGAAGGAGACAUUGCAAUUAGCCUCGGCACUAGUGAUACCUUGUUUCUCUGGAUUAAAGAGCCAAAGCCUGCUUUGGAAGGUCACAUUCUCUGCAAUCCAGUUGAUUCACAAGCAUAUAUGGCCCUACUUUGCUACAAGAACGGUUCCUUGAUGAGAGAGAAGGUCCGAGAUGAGCUUGCUUUGGGUUCAUGGGAAGAAUUCUCCAAAGCUCUUGGGUCAACAGCUGCUGGAAAUUAUGGAAACGUGGGUUUCUAUUUUGAUGUGAUGGAAAUUACACCAGAAGCUGUGGGAAUUCACAGGUUCAACACCCACAAUGUCCAGACACCAUCGUUCCCAAAGGAAGUGGAAAUACGGGCCUUGAUUGAAGGACAGUUCAUGGCCAAAAGGAUCCACGCAGAGAAGCUGGGAUAUAAAAUCUUGCCAACCACAAAAAUCCUGGCUACAGGCGGGGCAUCCCAUAAUAAGGCAAUCUUACAAGUCCUGUCUGAUGUGUUCAGUGUUCCAGUGUACACUAUUGACACUGCUAAUUCAGCCUGUUUAGGUUCCGCUUACCGGGCAAUCCAUGGACUUAUGGCAGAGACAAGCGUGCCCUUGACCGAUGUUGUGAAAUCAGCACCAGGGCCCCGAUUAGCAGCUACUCCAGCACCAGGCGCAGCUCAGAUCUACCAACCCUUGCUUAAAAGAUACAUGGAGCUUGAGCAGAAAGUGCUGAAUAAGCCAAAAUAGCAUCUUCUAAGAGAAUCUACCAAUAAUGAUUUAAAUGAAAAGCAUACUGAAGAAUGAAAGAAACUGGACCCACAACUGUGUGAAACAUUCCUUAAUUUGUAAUUGAAAUAGAAAUUGUGGAAUAAAUGCGGUGCUUGUUCUGUUUA